UUUGCGCCUCGACUAAUUCGAGCGGAAGUAGAACUGCAGCCUCUUUUCCGGCGGCCAUAGCGGAAUAAUCGCCAUCAUGAAGAUCAAUCCGUUUGUGACCUCCUCCCGGCGUAAGAACCGCAAGAGGCACUUCAAUGCCCCGUCACACAUCCGCAGGAAGAUAAUGUCUUCACCUCUGUCCAAAGAGCUCCGCCAGAAAUACAGCGUAAGGUCCAUGCCUAUCCGGAAGGACGAUGAGGUCCAGGUGGUUCGGGGACACUACAAAGGCCAGCAGAUUGGCAAAGUUGUCCAGGUAUACAGGAAGAAAUAUGUUAUCUACAUUGAGCGCGUGCAGCGUGAAAAGGCCAAUGGAACCACUGUCCAUGUUGGCAUCCACCCUAGCAAGGUUGUGAUCACCAGGCUAAAGCUGGACAAGGAUCGCAAGAAGAUCCUGGAGCGCAAAGCCAAGUCACGGCAAGAGAGCAAGGAUAAGGGCAAAUACAAGGAGGAGACUAUUGAGAAAAUGCAAGAGUGAACAUUACCUUUUUGCUAACAAUAAACACCUGAGUAAAAAAAGUUUUUUUGUCUGGGGUUUU